AUGCCACCAAAAUUCGAUCCUACGGAAGUUAAGUUCAUCUACUUGAGAGCUGUCGGAGGUGAAAUUGGAGCCUCAUCAGCAUUGGCACCAAAGAUUGGUCCAUUAGGUUUAUCGCCAAAGAAGGUUGGUGAAGAUAUUGCCAAGGCCACAAAGGACUUCAAGGGUAUCAAGGUCACUGUUCAGUUGAGGAUUCAAAACAGACAAGCAACUGCAUCUGUUGUGCCAUCUGCUUCGUCAUUAGUUAUCACUGCUUUGAAAGAGCCACCAAGAGACAGAAAGAAGGAAAAGAACGUUAAGCACUCAGGUAACAUUCCAUUAGAUCAAAUCUAUGAAAUCGCCAGACAAAUGAAAGAAAAAUCAUUCGGUAAGAACUUGGCUUCUGUUACCAAGGAGAUCUUGGGAACUGCUCAGUCUGUUGGUUGCCGUGUUGAAGGUAAGAACCCCCACGAUAUUAUCGAAGCCAUCAAUGAUGGUGAAAUAGAUGUUCCAGAAAAUUAA